AAAAUUCUAACCCUAACUGAUUAUUUAUCUAACAAUCUACCUUUACCUUGUAAUUCUAAUGUAUUCCCUUAUUCCCUCAUACUCCUUAUAAUCAAUGGUUUUUUAAUCAAUGUAGUAGUUUAAAGUUUUUUUAAAUACAACCCACCAGGAUCGUCACCAGUUUUAUACUGUACACACAACAACAUUGUGAUAUGAGGAAAAGAGGUGAAGAAAACCCUUUACAAAAACAUUGCGUUACAGAGAAAUAGCCAAUUUAUAACGUAGCGAUGUUUGUCAAUCAGCUACAGCUGCCCUAAAGAACGAUGGAGCAACCGGAGUCCCGCAAGUCGAGCAAAGACAGCAGCAUAAAGGACCUGGGCACGUCCCAAACCAGCCUGAAGAGCCUGAAGAGCGUGGACAAAUCGAGCGCCAGCGGUAACGUAAAACCAGACAAAAACUCCAUUCAGUUCAAGCCCGAGCAAGACGGUGACAAUCAGAAACUACACGAUGCUUCGCUGAAAGUGCCUAACAAAAUCAUAGCCAAUUGGAGGUCAGCUUGUGAUAAAACCAAAGACAAAACGAAAGAUUUGCUGAAACGUUGGCGGACGUUGUCCGAAAUCGAAGCUGAAACCAUCAAGAAACCCGAGGAUAUUGAGAAGUCUGAUAGCCAAUCGGAGAGCUGCGGCUGGAGCGUGCAUGUAUGGACUACUUGGGUGGACAGAUUCAGCGUGGAUUCGGCCGAGAAUGCGGACACCUACACCGGCUACGAAUUGAGCGUGAUACAGAGCAACAAGUUCUCGCAUUUUUUUUCCUGUCUGCUGGACCACGAUCAGGACAAUCUCAUUAGCGAGGACGACUUCGAAAGCCUGAUGGAGAGAUUGCGACAUUUCGCAGAUUGGUCGUUAAGCUCAUCGGAAUUUAAUAUACUUAGGGAAAUUGAGAGAGGUUUCAUUGAUACAUUUUUGACUAACAUAUCUCAUGAAAAAUUAGGUUUUACGGUGAAUAAUUUAACGUAUAUUACUAAAGACGGUUGGUUGAGGAAGUGGUCCGAGAUGCUGGAGGGAGCUAAAAAUCUGAACGAUUUUCCCAUAUUUCUUCAAUAUUUCGUAAAAGUUCUUUUUCAAGUUAUUAACAGAAGCGGAACUGGAAUAAUUACUCGCGACGAGCUCAGUUCGUUUUAUUCCUCUGUUCUUGGGUUAGAUGCUGUGAAAGUAGGACAAAUACUCGAUCACGCCUAUCGAGCAAUGACUUCAAACGGCGACCAUCCUUUGCAUUUCAAGUCGUACAGGUUGUGUUUCGCUAAUUACCUACUUGGUAGAAAUCCGAACGGACCAGGCCAUUUUCUAUUAGGCGCCCCUUUAACGACGCUAUCUUCGAUAAUGUUUCCUAUAGAUUAUUCAGCUCUAAAUACACAGCCGGAGGAUCUUGAACAAUAUGCUCCUGAUCAGAAAACGAACAGACGGAGUGUUAUUGUUUGAUAGUAUAUUUUACUUCAUCUGUACAUAUUUUAUAUUUUUGUAGUCUGAUUUGUUUUAACUCAUCGGUGGCCUAUUAAGUACAUUGAAAAUCACUUCACUAUUGUGCACACUAAGGGUCUUUUUGAUUGAGAUGUUGACUGAACCGCUUUCUGAAAACAAUAAGAAUGAUUUUAGAAGUGAAGUUGAAUCGAUGAAAAGUGUAUUUGUUAAACAGCUUCUGUUCUUCGUUUUAGAGAACACUCACACGCAAGUGCACCUUUCUGAAUAAUAAUUCUAAAUAGUAUGUGAUACUAACUACUAAAAAUGUUUUUAUUCAUGUUUGUUUGAUGUUUUUUAAAGCUUCGUAAUGACCUGAAGAUUUGCUAAUGCCGGUCGCAUUGGGGAAUUUUUAGCGAAUUGGGAAAGUUAGUUGAUUUACAGAACUGUGAACCAGAAAUGUGAUAAAAGUACCUCAUAUAAAAGUAGCAUCUUUGUAACAUUACGAAAUCUUGUGGUUUAUGGUUCUGUGAUAAUUUCAAAGAGGUAUUGCUUGAGAAGUACAGAUGUUCACGAAGUUUUACAUAAUCUUUUUUUAAUUAACAUUAUUGAUUCACACCAAACUCAUUGGCCUAAUUUAUAAGGCUAUAUUUAUCCACAAUAGACAUAUUCAGUAUCUUUACAAACAUGUAUUGAAGCUUUUUUUAUAUAAUAACCGCAUUUUCUUCCGUUUAAUUUGCUGUUAGAUCUAUUACAAAAUCGCAAGGCGUACGUCAAUUAGUUUUUGUAGUUAUUAGAACUUAAAAUCUAUAAUGCAGUACCUCGUUUUCCAGUAGUGGCUUAUAGGUCUGAAAUCCAAUCAUUUUAGGGAAUAUUUAUAGCAAUAACUAUUGAAUAAAAAUGCUCAAAAUUGUAGUAAUGAAACUAAUAAUCAUUUAUUUUAAACAAUUAUUGAUUAUACAUUACCUACUCAUAAUCUCAAAUAGACCAAAUUAAACAAAUAAGUAACUAGUGAAAUAUUUCUGGUAGAGUAGAAUUCUCAAAAAAAAGCAAUUUUAUCACUUGCAUAGAAUGGCAAUACAAGCAUUUUUGAAAUGCUGCACUCAAGAGAUUGCAAUGUAAUAAAUAAGUUUACACUCAUAAAUUACUAGAAGUUAAUAGCAUACCUAUAACCAUGAUAAUUACUUAAAUAUUUGAUCUGUAAGAACCUUUGUGAAUUUAGUUCGGCAUAUCAUUUUAAAUUAGCGUUAGUACUGUAACUUCUAACACCAGCAAAUGCUUCUUACUUCAAUAAAAAAGAGGGCACAAUUGUUUAUAUUGAUUAAAUAUAUACUGAUAUAUUAUUAUUAUGAAUAAGCACAAAUAAACAAUGUUACAAAAAAAGCACAGCCUUUAUUUCUUAUUAAAAUUUAAC